AUGCUUCUCAGCUCCCUGAGACUACUCCUACUCGCUCCGAUAUACACAGCAGUAGCUAUUCGACAUGGUACAGACGAUACAUUCUCCGAAUCGUUGACACUCCAUCCAUUAUCUGAUGGUCGGAUGUCUGUGCUCUUCCAGUUCGAGACAAUAUUCUCUUCUCCCAAACUACAAUCUUCCACACCACAAUCGCAUCAUUCCCUAACCCCGCCUUCAUUACUACUUCCCCUAGAGGCAAACAACGUCUCAGAGUUGACGAUAUCCUUCACUUCGGGAUGGGAUCUCACACGCUCUCCCUCGGCUGGUCUGAUGAACUACGAUUCGUCAGGGGGAGGAGGCGAAAUACGCGGGUGGCUGAGGGACAGUGACAACGCAAAGGAGAGAUGGAAUGCAGUGACCAAUGCUCUCGGGGGACUGUUCUGCGCUGGAUUGGGAGCGAAAGAUGUAGGUGAUAUAGUUAGGGAUUUUGGAGGGAUCUAUCCUCAGAAGAGGUUCGUAGAGAAUACAACGCACUUCCUCCUUUCUCAUCCCGAAUCUCAUCUCUGUACCGAAAACCUAACUCCAUUCCUAUCCCUUCUCCCAUCCAAGGGUUUAUCCGGAAUAUCAUCGUUAUUAUCUCAACCAGGUAUAAUAUUCAGUUGGGAAUCUCAAUCUGAAGGGAUCGAAAUACUCAUGCCUUCUUCUACGCACCCAGAGGGAAGAUGGAAAGGAUGGUGGGAAGGUGUAUUACCGUUAAUACCAGAGAACAACAAACGUAAUAACAACAAUGAUGAUGAAUCUGGGAAUUUCUCAAUAGAAAAGAUAUUCAAGAAGAAAUUACCUAGACCGUUCCCCGAAGCUCAGUCUUCAGUAUUGAGAUUGAUCAAGGAUUCUCCUCGCGAUGAUAAUUUGAGGGCUAAUCCGAAUGGACGAGAGGGGAAUGAAUGGAUAGAUGGACAAUUAAGGAAUGUUAUUGAGUGGGAUUUGACUGAUGCGAAUUUGGUAGGCAAGGAUAUUGAUUUUUGGUGGGAUGGUGAGACAGAAUUCCAUUAUCCACGUAACAUACUUCCCCCAGGUAUCUCUAUAUCAAGAACAGUCGUAGAUAAAUUAGCAUCAGACGGGACUUUCCAAAUUACCAUAACGAACAAUGACGAUCUAGAGCGAAAAGCGAUCUAUUCGGAAAUUUGGCCUUGGUGGGUGAAAGGAUGGAUGAAUGAGAUAGAGCUAUUCAUCGAUAAUGAGAAAAGACCCGAUCUACUAGACAAUUUAUCAUACAACCCUUCGACUCCACCUAAAAUAUCAACCACAACUCUACAUUUCACACUCACUAUUCCUGCUCGAUCGAAAUUAAUAUUGAAAAUUCCAUUUACCAAAUUGACAUUGAAAUAUACCGAACAUCGACCAGAUGCAGAAAGGGGUAUAGAACUAUCUUCAAGUAUCUUGACUCUAUUGGAUACCGUCCCCGAACAGUCAACUGGAUCCGCUGUUGAGGAUAGUAGAAGGACAGGAAGAAAGAGGAUAUACACCAAUAGAUUAUUAUUGGAUAUACCCACACCGGAUUUCUCGAUGCCUUAUAAUGUGAUUAUCAUGAGUAGUACGGUUAUGGCUGUGUUUUUCGGGUUGAUGCAAGGUGCAUUAACCAGGAAAUGGGGAUGGGUGGAGGUGAAGGAUGGAGCUGAAGAUAAGAAGAAUGAUUAG